AUGGACCCAACGUUUGAUCCUACCAAAGAGACUCUGAACCUGCUGGUCAGUUCUGGUAUCGCAAAAGCUCGAUUGCCUUGGCCAGACCUGCUUCUCAAAUCGUUUCUUGCUGGGGCGUUUUUGUCCAUCGGUGCUCUUUUUAGCGUACUCACCGCCGGUGGCGCUCCCACUUUGCGCGCUGAGAAUCCUGGACUUGCCACGCUGCUGGCCAGCUUUACCUUUCCAACCGGCUUUGUCAUUCUCACCAUCGUCAACACCGAGCUAUUUACAGCCAAUGUGUUUGUCUUGAUAUUAACCACGUUCAUGCGGAAGACGACCUGGCUGGACCUUCUACGCAACCUAGUCCUAUCCUAUAUCUUCAACCUGGCCGGGUGUCUAUUCGUGGCCGGCUUUCUUUGCUGGUGGACUGAUACCCUAUCCACAGAUACACUCAAAAGCUUCGCAGUCACGCAGGCCGAGGGACGAGUCAACGUGCAAUGGUCCGUGAACUUUCUAAGAGGCAUCGGAUGCAACUGGCUCGUGGGCUUGGCCAUCUUCCUUUCGAUCUCGUGUCGCGAUAAGGUCUCGAAGAUCUACGCGAUCUGGAUUCCAAUAUGGACCUUCGUUGCAAUUGGCUAUCAGCAUUGCAUCGCCAACUUCUUCCUCGUGCCGAUCGGCAUGUUCUACGGCACGAACUUCGGCGUCGGCAAGUUCAUUUACCAAAGUGUCAUCCCGGUUACUCUUGGUGAUAUCGUGGGGGGUGCUUUUCUCGAUGGGUUAUUUAUCUGGUUUUUGUAUGGGCAUAAGAUUAUGAAGAAAAGGCCGGCUGUGGAGACGUCUACGAGGGAUCAACUCCCGGCUUGA